UUUGUGUGCGUCGACAUCCAAGAAAGCCGUGGUGGCGAAUCGAUUUUUCUUUCAGCAACAAAUCUUGGAAAAAUCGUGGAAAACUCCGCUAGUGCACACCAAGCAACAAGAUGCCCGAUAUCGUGAAGAUCGCAGGAGAUCACAUCCUGAUAUACGAGGCCUACUACAAACAACUGGAUCCAAAAGAAACAAAUGAAAUCGGCGCCUUAGAUGCUGCAAAAUUCCUGAAACGCUCCGGACUCAGCGAUGUCGUACUCAGCCGCAUUUGGGACCUCUCCGACCCGACCGGUAAAGGAUUCCUCACCAAAGAGGGCUUUUUCGUGGCCCUUAAGCUGAUUGGACUGGCACAGGAAGGGUUGGAGUUUGCCAUCAAAAACAUCUACACCGAACUCUCAAAACCGCCGAAAGUGGGUGAUUUGCCGAAAGUUCCAGCUCAGGUGAAGCUGUUGCCGGUAGAGAGCACGGACUGGUCAAUGCGACCGGAAAAGCGACAACAGUAUGAGCAGUUGUUCGAUUCGCUUGGACCACAGAAUGGUCUGCUGCCGGGUGCGAAGGUUCGCAACACACUGAUGAACUCAAAACUGCCAGUCGAUACGCUGGGACGCAUCUGGGAUUUGGCCGAUCAGGAUCGGGAUGGCAGUCUCGAUAAGCAUGAGUUCUGCGUAGCCAUGCAUCUUGUCUACGAGGCGCUGGACAAGCGUGCUAUUCCUGCUAUGCUUCCGCCACAGUUGCAGCGUAAUUACACCGCACCGGCACCGGCACCGUCCACAAAUGGCAAUGGUUUCGAUGCAUUCGGCAGUGGCAGCGAUGGAUUCGUUGCAAUCUUCCCAACCGAUAUUGCACCACCACCACCGAUCGUACCACCACUGCCAGCGGCCCUGCUUAAUAGGCCGCCUUCCGUUGUCGGUGGUGCCAUUCCCCCUCUGAUCGGUGGACCGCCCGGGGUCCCUCCUCUCAUCCCAGCCAGUGGACCGAUCGAGGUAACAAGUUGGGUCGUUUCGCCCCUCGAGCGUUGCAAGUACGAGGAAAUCUUCAACAACAGCGACACGGAUCGUGAUGGGCUAGUGUCGGGACUGGAGAUCAAGGAUGUGUUCCUGCAGUCGGGUGUAGCACAGAACAAGCUCGCUCACAUCUGGGCUCUGUGCGAUACGCACCAGUCGGGCAAGCUGAAACUGGAGGAGUUCUGUCUGGCCAUGUGGUUUGUCGAUCGGGCCAAGAAAGGUAUCGAUCCACCCCAGUCGUUGGCUCCGAACAUGGUGCCACCGAGCCUGCGGAAGAGCUCCAUCGUUCAGGAACCACCACAGCCAACAUACAGCAAUCCCGAGCUAGAGAUGAUAUCAAAGGAGAUCGAAGAACUAGCCAGAGAGCGCCGCCUGUUGGAGCAGGAGGUAGCCCAGAAGGAAGCAGACGUGCGAAUCAAGAGCGGCGAGCUGAGAAGCCUGCAGAGUGAACUAGAUACACUGACAGCAACGUUGAAGCAGCUGGAAAACCAAAAAGGUGAAGCUCAAAAGCGUCUGGAUGAUCUGAAGAAUCAGUAUGAAAGUGUAGACAAGGCCGUGCUAAAUGUAAAGCGCAGCAUCGUUGAUAGCCGUUAUCAGGUGAACAAAAUUCGUGACCAGUGUCAGAAGCAGGAAGCGGCCCUGAAGGAGCAAGAAGGUGAGCUGGACUCACGUCGUUCCGAGCUGCAAAAGCUGAAAGAUGAAGAGCAAGCGCUGGAAAAGGAGUAUCAUGCCAGCACCAAAGAGGUGGACCAGCUUACUUCGCAACUGCAAGAUACACAGCUUGAGAUCAGCCAGGUGAAGGCCAUGGUUACGCAGAUACAGGAGUACCAGCGCCAGAUGACGGAUGCUUUGUCCAUGUUCCGCACGGCGAUCGAAGAGAAUGAUCCGAUUCUCGUGUCUGACUACUCGCUUAAGAUUGAGCCCGAGUUCCGUGAAGCGAAACAGGCACUGGAAGAGAAGGAGGUCGAAAACGCUAACAAGCGUGAUCCGUUCGGUGAUAACAAAGCCAAUGGUUUCGGUACCAGUGCAGCCGAGGCCGGGUUCGGAGAUGAUUUCAAAACGAAUGGCUUUGCAACUCAGUUUGAUACACCGUCGAACGCUACCGGUGGCUUCGGUGAUGAUGGAUUCGGAGCGUUUGACCAUACAUCAGGUGCCAGGACGAACGUGAAUGCUGCUGCCGAUCCAUUCGCUGCUAGUGCUGCCGAUCCGUUUGGUGAACGUAAAGGUUCCGGUGUCGAAACGGCCGCCAAGGAUGAGUUUGGCUGUGAUCCGUUUGCAAUAUUACACGCACCGGCCCCUGGUCAAGCGCUCACUCCCAGCCCGAGUCGUUCGGGUCCUCCACCUCGGCCAGAAUCACCUAGCCCAGCGUUGCCACCAAAGAAAGCGAAACAACCACCACCACGACCUGCCCCUCCUCGACCAAUGCAGGGUCCAACACCUACCAAACCUGCUCCACCGGCAUCGGAUGCUUUCGGUGAUAGUAGCGGCGGUGGUAGCUUCGCCAACUUUGCCGAUUUCGACAAUAAGAAUCUCAAACCGGUUACGUCAACGGCGACCGUAACUCCUGUGUCCUCAUCAUUGGCCUCCAUGAGCGCGCCCAGUUUCGGUAGUAAUCGUUCACUGAAGGGAGUUACUACGAGUACACCACCACAGAUCCCGCCUUUCGCAACGAUCACCAUUGAGGCUCCAACACCACCAGCUCCGGUAGCAGCGCAGCGUAUGAUAACACCGGUCUCUCCGCCGGCAACCGCACCCACCCCUGUAGUUGAUUUCUCGGAUGAUCCGUUCAAAGAUUAUCGAUACGAGGAUCCGUUCAAUAUCGAGGAUCCGUUUGCCGAUAGUGAGGAUAGUGCCGCGCCAAUAUCAGACGAUCCGUUUGCCUCUGAAGCGAAUGUGCUGAACAACAACAAUCUGGUGAAGGACUUUGACGCGAAAUUUAGUAAAUCGUCUCACACCUCCAUGGAAGAGCUCGAUGAACUGUUCCGCUCGACGCGCAUUAGUGGUGACGGUGGAAAUGAGACCGGGUUCUCCACGUUUAACAACAGCACACUCUCUAGCAGUACCCUUAAUAAGACGAUUGCUAGUGGUACGCAAUUGACGAUGAAAUCGGCUGACACCAAGAACAACACCUCCUCCGAUCCGUUCGAUGCAUUCAAUGAUAAUUUCACGAAAAACACCAACCAAACGAACGAUCAUCGUGUGGAAGGAGGUUCAACCGGAGCCGCUACAGGACUUUUUGAUGCAUUUGGUGCUGAUGUCAGCAAUGGUAACGAUGGAAAAUCAUCCAGCCACUCCACCGAUUCUUCCGCAUUUUUCGAUGCUUUCCGUCCAUCAGUGACCACCGACGCAAAGACUGCGUCGUCAGCGUCAUUUAAAUCGUUCGAGGACGAGUUUUCCAAGAUGGAUGCUGCCAAUCUGGUGAACAACAACAUCGGUAGCAAUAGCACGAACGUUUUCGAGGCAAAAUUUGAUGAUGCAUUCAGUGGAUCGUUUGCAGCGCCGGCCAAAAACGGCGAUAGUGGGCAAGCCCGAUAUGCAGCAUCCACCCUGCCGGCCCCACCCGGAGGAAAGCUAAAGCAUGGGCACACAUCAUCGAACGGUUCCGGUUCGGCGACAGGAAGUCUAAAGAAAUCGUUUGCUCUCGAUGCCACCGCUGCUGCCGCCUCGAACCCUCGUCCGGUGGAACGGUUUACGGGCGACUACUCCAAGGGCGACACAUUCGAUUCCGAUCUCAAAGCGGCCCUUGAGCGUUCACUGGUGGAGAAAUGAUACGUUCUGGCAGAAGAAAUUUACCGCGAGUACCGAGUUUCACGUGUGACCAAAUCUGUUUUUAUAACUGUGACCUCUUCCACCGCCGCGAAUUCGGAAAUGGGUUCAGGAAUGCGCUUAACCAAUACAUCACCACUAGAAGGCGGUGUGGAAAAAAUAUGUUUACGAAAGCGAAACUGCGCAGUGCAAGUGAGAUGAAGCUGGAUUCCAUUAUGAAUUAGGAUCGUAUAGUAUUCGAACACAGUGAGCUUUAAUUAUUAUUUCUGUUUAUUCUCGUUCGUCUUGGUUCGUCCAUUCCUCUACUUCCAAUUGUGCUGAUGUGACGUACUUGUCUUAGAAUUCCGCGAUUUUGUGUUUCGGUCACUACGAGCCCCGGAGCUCCUCGGACAGUAAUUAAUCGUUUACCACAUUAAUAUGCAAUCCAAACCGAUCGAACCGAAAUGACUAAAGCAAAAGUAGCAAACAAAAUGAAUUUUGUAUAAUGAAGUAGAAUAACGCUUAUAAACGGUUUACCAUUUGCUGAAGAAGUAAGUAGUUGGGCUUGCGGAUGUACAUAAUAUAUACCAAUUCCGCCCCCAUCUAUCAGUUAUAUGCCACUCAACAACGGAGAAGGAAAGAUUUCAUUAACAGCACCGAUCGUGUGGCUAUCCGUAGUGUGUACAAAACGCUGCUUCGCUCUUCGUCGAAAUGAUCGCGAUAGAUAUUAGUGAAGCUUUGAGCUUCAACCACGUAACACAAGAGAUUCAGCGAGCAGUUAGGGAAAGGAUGCAAGUUGACUAGUAGAAAGGAAAGUGUAGUGAAUUUCAAAUUUGCAUUUGCGUGUAAUGAGAAACAUUUGUCACAAACUCCUCUCUCUCUCUCUCUCUUGCACAGCCACACAUACUAUCUCUCUAUGUUGGUGUGCAACAGUAGGAUUAGCACACGCUUGAAGCUAUGAAUGGAUGCUUCUUAUCGGAAGGUGCACACUCUGAAGUGAAUAAAGCAUUAUUACAUGUUGAUGGUAA